AGUGCGGAGUAGCAAGUAGAUGAGACACAAAGCUGCUUGUCUAUUAACGUUAAUUUGUCGUAUCUGUAUAACGUUUACGUAAUUAUUGAAUGAACGCUGUGUUAUUAAGUUUUACAUAUUGUCAGUAGAGCAUGUGACCAGCCUAGCAAUUUGCUGGCUGGCUGGCUAGCUAGCAAUACCGCAAGUGGACGAAAACAAGUUUCUUAUUUUUAUAUUUCAGAUAGCUAGUUGGCUAGCUAGGAAAACAAGCUAAACAAAAUGGUAUCACAUAACCUGGUAUUUCUGAUUGACAUUGACCAGAGUGGACAACAGAGCGACUCCUAUCCCGGCAGUUUAAAACUUAAUUUAUUGAAACACAGUGUAUUGAGAAUCCUACUAUAUUUCGGAUGCAGGUUCGGGUUCGAUAAGGUAAGAUGGGGGUACACAUUUUUUCACUCGCAAGAGGGGAGAAAUUCUAAUGCUAUAUCAAGAGGAUCUGACUUCAAAGAAGUUCUGGAGAAAAAGUUCGAGGAUUUCGAGGCGGAAUUUCAUACAAGACUAGAAGAGAAAAUAAAGAUAACUGCAUGCUCAGUGCCAUCAAGACCGUUUCCACAUUUAGCUGGUUCCGUGCAAACUGCUUUGAAAGAAAGUUUACUUGAUUUCCAGUGGGACCGACCGGAUAUAACUUCUCCAACAAAACUGACAUUGCGACCAAGAAGGUCGAGCAGACCUGGCAAGACCGUUCCCCUAGAUGAUGAUGUGUCAGUCAAAGGUAGAAAUGUAUUGUUCCUUGUUUCGGAAGCUCCACACACCAGAGCUGAGCUGGACGACUUCUUGUCCCUUUCCAGCAGUGACACAAGAGACACUGCAGAGCGUAUUUUACCCUGUGCUCUUCGCGAUAUGAUGAUCCAUAAUCAAGUGGUCCUUCACUGGGUGGAUUCCAGUGACUACAGUCAGGUGCAGAAAAAGGCAGACCAGGUUGGCUGCACAUCACUGUCUGAAGCACUGCGUCAGGUUGGUGGAAGCCUGAUUCCUCUGGGCAUGCUGCUUUGCCUCUCUGACACAAGCACAGGCGAAGAUAUGGGGAGGUUUCCCGGACCUGACCAAUGCGACCGAUCCCCUCCCCGCCCCAUUGCGGGAAAAGACGUCUUUCCUUUUGACUCUAGCUUUGGGUACAUCUUGUCUACAGAGCAGACUCAUCGCUUGGCCUUUCCCACCCUGGAAGGAGUCCUGCACUGGGGAGAAGAUGGGAAAAACUGCAGCAUUUCUGUUGAGCCGGUCGCCCUUCAUCAGACGAUGUUCGCCCAUCCCGUCAGCAUCACUGUGAAGGGUGUUCUUCAGAGCUGGAGCUCUCUGUCCCUCACGGGCAGUCUGUCAGAGUGCUGGGUGCUGCAGCAUGCCAAAGACGCUCCGCAGGACACUCAGGAUGCCGCCACGCUGCACCAACUUCUGAGCAAGUUGUCCGCUGAGUCCCUUUGCAUGUUUUGUGAGGUCAGUGAUGCCGAUCGGUCACGUACUGCCGUCCUCUCCCCUCUCUCUGCAUCCACCGGCCUUCUGGUUAUGGUCCAACCACAGGUCGCUCACGUUGAAGACAUCCUGUCAGCUGAUAUCAUCUCCCCAGCUACCACAGAUAAUUCCACUGACUUGCCUGACAUUGUCAGCAGUGUUCUCAGUGUUGUGUAUGACAUCAUGAAUGAUGAAGAGGAUGAGUCUAGUGAGGCAGCCAAAGUGGUCCAUCCUUGUGUUCCUGAGUGGGCACAGCAGGAGCUCAAUCACUGGUCAUAUCCAAUAAAUGCAGGUGUGGUUGAGGGAUGGUUUCCUCACUCUGAUCAAUCAGGAGUCAGCUCCCACCUAAUGGAAGCUAUGAGGCUGCUGCAUGCUGUGCCUGAGGAAAGUGAGGCUGAAGAUGAAAUGUUAGAUACGCAGCACGACCUGACCAGCUCACUGUCAGAGCUGUACCAGGGGAUGACUGCAGAGGCAUGCACUAAACCCAAGGGCAAGAAACGCGGUGCCCAGCGCACUCCCGUGAGGCAGAAGAUGAAAACGAUGAGCCGCUCGCUGCAGAUGCUGAAUGUGGCCCGGCUCAACGCGAAGGCUCAGAAGAGCCGAACAGAGGAGUCUUCGGGGAGCGAGAGGGGCCCGGCUAAAUUAGGGAAGAGACGGCCUGGGGACAGAGGCCGGGCGGCCUCCAGCAGCGCACAGUUUAAGAGUGAAGCAGAGCUUCUGUCACAUGUGACACUGGCUUAUCAGAAAGCGGUAGCUGAGAGAGACUGCUCCCUUGUCACCCAAGUCCUGAAUUUCCUCACCCAUGUGAAAGAUUUCCUGAAACCCACACAAGACCAUGAGGGGCGUUCCUCCUCCUCCUUUGUACAGCAGCACCUGCUUAAAUCCGGCAAGUGCAUACGAAAACUUUAUGGAAAUGCACUUGAUGGUGAAAGCAAAGUCAGAGAAUGCCAGCUGCAGGCUGUGCUGAGGCUGGAGAUGUGUAGGCAGUUUCCUGCAGUGCAUUCUGACUCCCAGAGCCAAGAACAGAUGGUUGAGGAGGUUGCAGAUAUGUUGCGUAUAAUCUCCUUAACAAAAGAUCCAGUUUACCUUACAAAGUUCCUUGAGGAUCAAGUCCUUCCAGUGUAUUUGAAGGCUAUUCCCAAAGUGUUGGCGGAAAUGUACUUCAGCCUGGGCACGCAGCUUCCUGAUGCGCUGGCUGCAGUCCUUCCCUCUGAUUUCCUCAGCGAUGACUCCAUAGCAAGGGAGAGCGUGUCCCCUGCUGCCUCCCAGCCGUCGGCCGCCCACAGCGUGGCCUCGGACGCAGGGGGCCGUCUGGAGGAGCUGCGCGAUCGAUCGGCCAAGAAGCGGAGGAGGAGCGGCAUGCUUACCCGACACCGAAGCAUGAACGAUGCGUCUCAAGGUCUUCGUCAGAUCGAAAUGCCUCGGAAAUCCACAAGGGUGGUAAAGCCAAAUCUUCGUCCGGCAGUUGAAAAACCUUCCCUUGAGCCGCCACCACUUCUAAAGCAGGCAGUUCAAGAAGUCACAAAGGUCCGAAGGAACCUGUUCAAUCAGGAUGCCAAAGCCAAGCUUCCAAGAAGCCAGUCUGUGUCGGUUGUGGAGGGAGUCAAACGCAAGCAUUCACAUUUGAAAGAUGACAGUGGUGGACAUACACUGUUGACAAAGAAUGUUGCAGAGACGCCUCUCCACAAGCAGGUGUCCAAUCGAUUGCUGCACAGGCAGAAGACCGGGAGGAAGUCUGACCCAUCUGACAUGUGCAUUGUGGAAGAAUCUCCUGCCAAAUCUACAAGUGACUUGAGGAGGAGUCCAAGGAUCAUGAACUUAUCCUUCACUAGAAGACAUUCCAGUUCCUUCUACUCCAGCUCCCAGAUGUGUUCAAGAAACUUGGAAAGAGUCAUUUCCUCCUCACAACUCGCUGCCAGUGACAGCAAACUGGGUGACUUCAAUGUUAAGACGGUCAGGUCUCCUGUGCGACUCCUGUUUGGUGCGACAAAGUCACCCAAGCAGUCUGCUGCACUGGAAUCCUGUGGUCAGAGGAGAGCCAGGAGACAACUUUUGGGCUCUGCCGAUUCUGAGGUUUUUGAGAGUCCAAAAAAGACUCUGACAAAAUUUGCUCAGAGAUCAAGCAGUUCUGUACGUGGUGGCCAGACACCUAGGAAGUCUCCUCGUACACCCUGCAGGAACUCUCCUCGUACACCCUGCAGGAACUCUCCUCGUACACCCUGCAGGAACUCUCCUCGUACACCCUGCAGGAACUCUCCUCGUACACCUUGCAGGAAAUCUCCGAGUACGCCCUGCAGGAAGUCUCCUAGUACGCCAUGCAGGACCUCUCCUCGUACGCCCUGCAGAAACUCUCCACAUACACCUUGCAGGAAGUCUUCUAGUACGCCCUGCAGGAAGUCUCCUAGUACGCCAUGCAGGACUUCUCCUCGUACACCCUGCAGGAACACACCUCGUACGCUUGCCUGGAGGUCUCCUCCUACACUUUCCAGGAUGUCGCCUCAUACGCCAUCCCGGAGAUUUUUGUCCACACCUUCCAGGAACUCGCCUCGUACACCUUCAAACGAGGUUUGUCACAUAUUACCCAGGAUGUCCGGUGCUGGCCUCACAGAGAGCCAUUUUUCAUUGGAAGGGAUGGGGAUGAAGCUACGGGGAAGUCCUUUCAGAUCUCCUGCCAGUGUCCGUCUCACAAUGGCUACACCUCAGAAAGACAGCCCAGUGAAGAGUGUACUGCAACCUUCAUUGAGAGCCGGGUCAAAUGUCCCGCAUGGAAACUCGGAAAGUUACUCCAGAACCCCUCGGAAAUGUGUCACCUGGUCACCAUCUCCAGGGGAGAUGCGAUUAGAAGGGAGAGGUGCUGCAUUUAAAGUUCCAGAUUCCCCUUGCUUAUCAAGAAGUUCUCCUAUGUUAUUACAAACCCCCAAAAAACUUAACAGUCCAUUCAAGAGUCUGAGUAAGGCCAGUGUGUGUAAAACCCCUGAUAAAAGCCUUAGUUCCCACAUUAUUGUUCCAUCACAAACUCCUGAAAGCCCCAGACUGAGCAGCAAAACGAGAACAAAAACAGCUCAGACGCAUGGUGUCCAAAGGUCUUCAGAGAGGCUAAUGAGAAAGCAUAGUAGCACUGGAAUCUUUUCAGCUUCACUAGGGAAAUUCAACUCCCCUGACCUGCAGAGGGGCGAAGCAACAUCAUCCCCUGAUCACUAUUCCCCUCCAACACCCUCCUCAGGAACUCCACUGAAAAGUGCAGGACCUGCACAUCAGAUUCUCACAAGGUCCAGUGGAACUCCGGUCAAAGAUGUUUUGUCUGGAGUUCAUAUCCUGACUCCUGAGAAAACCAUGGCAACCCCCCAGAAAAGGGCUUUUAAAUUACAAGCAACUGAAAAUUUGGUAAAAACAUCUGAUGGAACCCAUUGUGAAAAUACCUCAGGCUCUUUUUCAACUGAAUGCAAGGCAGUAAAUGAGGAGAGGGGUCGGGUCACGCGUAGUAAGAUUAAACGCCUCUUAAGUUUGCAAUCUCUUCCAUCCGGCGACUGUGAUCCGGUAACUGCUGUCCGUCAAAUCCAAGGCAUUCAGUUCACUGAGGUUGAGAGAGACGUCGUUGCUGGUUUUACUCCGCUGUCAGCCUCUUUGAAGCCUUCACAGGAAGAAUUAGAUCAAGAUUUACCGUCGGGUUCUCAGCAUCUUGAUUCCUCCCAAUUCAGCAUAGCCACCACAGAUGAUGACAGCAUUGACAUUUGCAAUGCCUCAGUAGUGAAAACCCAGCUUUCUGGAGGUAUAAAGAUGAAUGUCACCUUUUCAAGGAAACCAUCCAGUUUGUCAGAGGUCAAAGUCGAAGCCAGUCCAUCUCUACCCUCCUCGUCAACACCUGGACAGAGCUAUGGUUUCCGUCGGACAGCAGAUCGUCAGCAGAGGGCUGCUGCGGCACGUCUUGGGAGCCCAGAGGGAAUGCCAAAGUUCUCUACUCCCCGUGCCUCAGGAGGACUCCGCAGACAACCAAAGCCAAGAACCCCUAUUGCCCUUACUUAUCAAGUAGAGUUAGAAAUGCAGGCCUCUGGCCUACCCAAGCUGAGGUUCAAACGAACAGACUCGUUCAGUGCUCAGGAGGAUGCAGUGGAAAACAGCACAAUGUUAAGGUCCCAUGGACCUGCAACUGCGAAACCUACAAGAGUUGAUAGUCCACUUUCUCACUGUGGUAAGCACAGGGAUGCAGGUUAUGCCUCUCCAUCACUCUGCGCCCAUGCAACCCCUGCCAAGAGCACCCCAGGGCAAAGUGGUGUACAGACUUAUAUAUGCCAGUCCUACACGCCCACAGGGCACACAGCCAGUACGCCAUCACCAUCAGGGGCAACAGAACUUGCCCCGUGGACACCUUCGCCUCAGAGCAGGGGACGAUAUACCCCAGAGAACCUUGAUAACUGGCCUCGCAGGAAGAGAGCAAGGAAUGAAGUGGUGGGAGUUAAGGAAAUGUCUGUCAAGGGUGACCGUACAGUAGAGGAAUUGGACAACCUGAAGGUCUUGGAGGAUCCGGAACUGGAGGGCGUUUACAGACUGCAGGAACUUGACGAAUUCAAGGGAACGGGUGACCUCUUUGCCACAGAGGUGGUAGGUCUCGAGUCCAGGAAGCAAGGAAAUGGGGAAGCUUUCAUGUCUCGGAUAGCCGAUAAAAGCCAGCGUGGUAGACUGGAGGAUGUGGGCAUUACAGAAGUGCUGCACGGACAGUUUCCUGGCCUGGAAUUGCUGUCGUUUGAUGAUAAGCUACAAUGCCUUCCAGGGGAGAGCUCCAUCCAAUCAGCUGUGACUCCCCCCAACACAAAGGUGAGGAAACCAGUGUCUGCCAGUGGCAUAUUGGCUCUGACUCAGUCGCCCAUGUUAUACAAAGGAAAAAAACAAAGAGAUGAAUCAGAACCUGGCAGUCAGGUCCAUAAAGCGGGCGGUGUUGAACCAGAGUUGUCUCCAUUCAGCCAACCUCCCAGACGGCAGGCUACCAGCAAGACCUGCAGCAGGAAGAGACUGCUGGACUGACAUGUUAAAGUCCAAAGAGUUAUGAUCUGGUUUUUCACUGGCUUCAUUUCGCAGAAACAUCCUACAUUUGGCAGCUGUAUUGUUUUGAGGACUAUGGACCAGUCUAUGCCCAUUUACAAUUACUGCAUGUGAGACCUGUAGUAUCAGCAGGGACUGUGUUUAACCUUUAACCAUAUUAAUCUGAUUUAUUAAAUUAGAUUACAUAAUCAAUCUAAAAGCAGGACCUGAUGUUGUACCCGCUCAUACAAUGAAAAGCUAGCCUUGAACAAUUGGGUAAGGGUAGGGUAAUAUUUUUACGCUCUCAAAAUGUUGUUCUUAAACCUUGACGGAGAUUAAGCUUAAUAAGAUUGUAUUUUUUAGUUGUAUGUGUGGAAAUACACUAUUUUAUUGUUUUUGUUGAAAAUGUAGGUGGUGUUUACUUGUACAAUAUCAAAUACAUUUGCAAAUAAUUGCUGUAAAUAAUUUCUAAAAUAAAUAUAUAUAAUUUUUUUA